CCUGCACUGUCAGUUAGACACUGCGUCAUUCAUAGAGGAAGUAAGAUCUGAUGCACUCCCACUGCCACUGAUACAGACUUUAAGAACAACACGGCCACAAAGGGCGAGUCCAACUGUCUUAAUUGAGGAUUAUUCUUUGGAGCAUCUUUACAGAGUAAAUUAAAGAAGGCAGUGGAAGAUGUCGUGCCUGAAGUGCCUGAAGUACACCAUGUGUGUGGUGAACUUCAUCUUUUUUAUUUGUGGGGCUGCCGUCUUUGGAUUGGGCAUCUACUUGAUGACAAUCUCCAGGUUCUCUUCCCUACUCCCCAGUCUUCAGGCUAUGAACAUAGCAAACACACUUUUCAUCACUGGGAUCAUUAUCACAUGUGUGUCCUUCUUGGGAUUUCUUGGAGCCCUGAAGGAGAAUCGUUGCCUGCUUAUAUCUUUCUUCGUACUGUUGUUCAUUCUAAUGCUGGCCGAGCUGGCUGCUGCCUGCCUUUUGCUCAUGUACGAGUCACAGAUUGAGACCUUCAUUAGUACAGAUCUUAAGAAAGGUUUAGAAACAUCCAUAAAAACCAGAAAAAGUCACAAUUACACAAUUGAAGAUGACUGGGACAAAGUGCAAAAGACAUUUCAUUGCUGUGGCAUCACUAACUAUACAGAUUGGAAGCCAAAUAUACCAGAGUCAUGCAACAUCCAUAGAAAUCAAACACAGUACUGGUCAGAGGGUUGUUUCACAUUGCUAACGAACUCAUUUGAGAAUAACCUCUUGAACACAGGAAUUGGUGUUAUUGUUGUCUGCAUUAUUGAGGUCUUGGGUAUGUGCUUCUCCAUGACCCUGUUCUGCCACAUAAGUCGGAGCGGGUUGGGAUACAAAUGAUCAAACUUUCCAUAGAAGAAAUAUCCCAUCUUAAUAACUAUUAUCCCACAAAUAUCCAAAGACAGCCAGUAAAAGACAAAUUGGCUAGCAGGUCUUACAUGGAUGUUUGGUUUUAUAGCAUGUGUCCUCCACUAAAAACAAUGAUACAAACCCAUAAUUAUUGUAACGGCAUUAUUAUUUUGCAUGUGUGAUUAAUUAUUAGAGCAGUUAAACCAUAACUGAUUCUAAAAAAACCCCUCUCAGCAGUAUUUUACCUUUGGCCAUCACAGCUUAAAAGGAAACUUUCUAAGGGGUUUUAGACACUGAAUUCAGCCACUUUCAUUUGAAUGUCAAGUUAUAGAGUGUGAAAGACAGAUUUUCCAUGAUGAAUCAUCUUCACACAAAUAUAUAAUGCAAUGUUACACUGUAUAUAAAAACUGAUUCUCUUUCAUGUUACAAUGUUUUGUUUUACCUAAUGUUCCUGUAAUUGACGUUACAUAGACUAUAAAUGACUCGUUACAUAGGCUAUAGUUGAACAAUGCAAAGCAUUCAUUUUUGAUCACUUCCUUUUCUGACUAGCUGUAGCAGUGACUAAACCAUGUGAUUUCCCAGUUUGAGCAUGGGGUGGAAACCACUUAUGCUUAUUUAACAGUUACACCAUUUAUAAUGUGGUUUUUUUUUUUUUUUUUUUUUUUUUCAUUUUU